AUGGAGGCGGUGGCGCUCUUCUCCUUCGCAGCAUCGGAAGCAGACAAGCUCAGUUUUCAGAAAGGGGACAUUAUCAAGGUGACAGAAAUGGAGGAUGAUUCUUGCUGGGUCACAGCAGAGAUCCAGGGGAAGCGUGGCUACGUGCCAGAGAACUACAUUUCCCUCCUUCCUUAUCCGUGGUUUGCAGGACGGGUGUCGAGACUCGAGGCCGAGAAGCGUCUCCAUCGGCAGGACGCCGGCGUGUUCCUGGUGAGGAAGAGCGAAUCGGCUCCCGGAGAGUUUUCCGUCUCUGUCAGCUACGGUGUGAGGGUGGAGCAUUUCCGGGUGCUGGAGGGCAGCGGUCAGUACUGUAUCUGGGACGAGUCGUUCCGCUCCCUCAACCGGUUGGUGGAUUUCUACAGAGCUCACAGUAUCGCCGUGGAGAAAGUGGUGUACCUCAGAGACCCUCCGUCGUCCCAACCUGAACGUAACCCGUACCCCAACCCUUAUAAAAGCAGCUCUCAGGAGUCCCCCCCCACAGCCCGCCUCUACUCUCAACCCCCCGGGGCCUCCCAUCGCGUCCCCGAACCAGUUGCGGGGAAGCCCCGCCUGGCUCACGCGCUCUGCGACUACACCCCGCCGCAGACCGCCCACCUCCACUUCCUGCGCGGCGACGUCAUCGACCUGCUGGACUGCUCGGGCUCGCGGGCCUGGAGGGGGCGCUGUCGAGGCCGAGUGGGAAUAUUUCCGCCGGAAUACGUCCAGCCGCUGUACCACUGA